AUGUUCUUCAGCAAGCUUUCGCUUGCGGUCUUGCUCGUCACAGUUGCGGCGCUGUUCUCGGUGCAGUCUGUCGAGGCGGCGAAAGGCCCCAAGAUCACUCACAAGGUCUACUUCGACAUCAAGCAUGGCGACAAGGAUCUUGGGCGUAUCGUGAUGGGUCUCUACGGCGGUACUGUUCCCAAGACCGUCGAGAACUUCCGCGCUUUGGCUACCGGCGUGAAGAAGGACGGCACUGAACUUCCGGCCGAUUUUGGCUACAAGGGUUCCAAAUUCCACCGUGUCAUCAAGGACUUUAUGAUUCAAGGCGGUGACUUCACCCGCGGAGAUGGCACUGGCGGAAAGUCUAUCUACGGCGACCGUUUUGCGGACGAGAAUUUUAAGCUCAAGCACUCCAAGCCUGGUCUUCUCUCUAUGGCUAACGCUGGCAAGGACACCAACGGCUCCCAAUUUUUCAUCACCACCGUCAUCACCGGCUGGCUUGAUGGUCGCCACGUUGUCUUUGGGGAGGUCCUUGAGGGCAUGGACAUCGUCCACGCCAUCGAGAACGUCCCGAAGGGUCCAUCCGACCGCCCGAAGGAGGAUGUCAUCAUCGCGGCCUCUGGCGAGCUUCCCGUCGAGCAACAGGUACCGCUGAAGGCCGAGGGGGAACUCUAA